UCGAUGCUUUCGAUUCAGCUGUACACAUUUUGAAUUCGAAGCAUUACCAAUGGAACGUGUAAUGUAUCGUACGCAAUGAAUCACAUUUUAUAUACACAAACAGCAAACUGCUAUCAUUCUGUUAAGGACACUUCGUUAGACUUCAAUGUUUGUCAUUUCAUUCAUAUUGUUUGUAAAAUGGUAUGUUCAAUGCAACGUGAACAAAUGUCUUUAUGUUAUUUGUGAUGUAGAACUUCAGUUUUAUUUAGAUGGUGCAAUUAAUCACAAGUGAAAAAAAGUGAAAAACUGGGAGAAAGAAAAACUUUAUGUUCAGACCCAUAUAAAAGCUUCGGUUUUUGGAAGAAAUGACUUAAAAGUGGCAAUGAACUAUUCCCUGAAAAUGUUUAAAUUAAUUGAAAUUUUGUCGUUGGUUGCAUUAACGUAUGUAUGUUGUUCGGAAGGCGUAAAAAACAUUUGUCAGACGGAGGAGAGAUUCAUUGUACUCGAAGAAGAGAAUACCACUCAGCCAGUAAGGAUCAGAUCAUACAAUUGGUGUUUGAGCUUCCCUCCGAGAUGUUCAAAUUAUCGGACAGAAAUGCGAGAUGUAAUUAAAGUACAGAACGUAACAAAAACUAAAUUGAUCGAUCAUUGUUGCGAAGGGUUUAACAACAUCAAUUCAAACAGCAACGAAACCAUUGUGUGUUCACCAGUAUGCCGAGGUGGUUGUGGUCAUGGUAUCUGUGAAUCACCUAACACAUGUGUAUGCGACAUUGGUUAUGAAGGACGUCAUUGUUCGCAAAGAUGUCGGACGAAAUGGUAUGGGAAAAAUUGCAAAAAUAUUUGCAGAUGUCGCAAUAAUUCGCUCUGCGAUCAUAAGACCGGAUUUUGCAGAUGUGCGCCCGGAUGGAUCGGAGAAUUUUGUGAGCUUCCGUGUCCAAAAGGUCAAUACGGUAUGAUGUGCCACAAAAAGUGUUUAUGCAACAGCAACUGCGAUCCAGUUGGUGGAAAAUGUUUAGGAGAAAACGCCAAAAUUGUAUUCGAUAGGGCACAUAAUCGGUCCAGUGGCAUUACCAAGCUAUCUUCAGAUCGAAUCAAAGCAAAGCAUUGGAUACCAGUCAACGGAAAUGGGAAAAUUAUUUUCCGAAAUUGUAGUGAUUCUGACAAUCAAUGCGAGCUUAACAAUGGGAAUAGUGCAAAUACGUCGAUUGACGACAGCCACAAAACGGCUCUGAUUCAGGAACUAAAUGCAAAUGUAACAAAUUUGACUAAUCAACUGAAAGCUGCUACCGAUAAGUCGGUAGUAAUUGUAAAUACAUCCAUUGCUAUACACCACAUCCAAAAAGGCGUCAUAGGUAGUGGCGCUGCUAAUAACAGUACCAAAGACUCAAAAUAUUUUGACUUAAUUACUGACGAUGCUAGCACUGAACUUAAUUACAUUGAGACGGAAAAUCAGAAGGGGUUGUUCUAUGAAGAAUAUGAAGACGACGACGUUCAGAAUGGCGAUCUAGAUGAAUCUGAUGAAAUCGAUAGCAUCGGCGGAUACAAUCACAUCGUUCACGUAUUUACUAUGAGCUCGAUCAACACUACGAAAUCAGAGCAAAUAGUGUCUCUACCGCCAAUGGUGCCAGUAGCUUUGAUUCUGUUAAUAGUAAUGUGUGUCACAAUCGUAAUUAUUUUCGUUGUGAUUCAUUUCAUCCGAAAAUCAAAGGCAUCACAAACUCAAAACGAUAGUUGCACUCCCGAAGACAUUACGCUGUCCGAUCAAACAGUUCAAAAGCCUCUUCCGGAAAUACCAUCAUCAUUUACACAAUCGAUUACUCGACGCAUUAUGCAACAUGAUUUCUACGACAGACCUUCAAACAACAAGUCAGUUAAAAGUGGAUUGAACAAACUAGGAUAUUGUUAUGCCAACGACGAGAACCAUCGACCAGCUGAUGAAAGUGGUGCAUGUGACGAGCACAUUUAUGAUGAAAUUAAAUAUUCAAAUUAUUGUGAAACAACUCAGCGAAGUUUAUUUUGUAACGUGAUAAUGUGGUUCCUAAAAAUACUACUAUUGCUGCUUCUGUUCGAGGAGUACCAGUGCGAAGACAUUCAUUCCAUAAACGCAACACACUGUGAAUAUUCUAAGAGAAGUCAAAUACCCGGAAAAAAGGUUCCACAAAAUGUAACCAGAAUGGUUACCUACCUUCAGGCGAAUAAUUCAGUUGGAACACGGCUAGAAGUUAGAACGUUAAUGAAGCCUGCAUUCGAAACUAUAAAGAGAAUCAAAUGUUGUCGUGGAUAUAAACAAGGACCGAGGAAAACCUGCACGCCUAAAUGUGAUCAAUUCUGUGAAAAUGCAAUCUGCACAGCACCGAAUGAAUGUUCGUGUAUUGAAGGUUUUAAGAAACUUUCGCCUAACCGAUGCAUUCCACAUUGCGAAAGCUGCGACAUGGGCCGCUGUGUCGGACCGAAUAUUUGUGAAUGCUAUAACGGAUAUCAUAAAAACGAAAUUGGCCAAUGUGUGCCAAAAUGUACGGAAUCCUGUGUAAACGGAUGGUGUUCAGAGCCGGAGGUGUGUUCGUGUAAUCCAGGAUACGAAUUGGACAAAACUGAUAAGUAUAAAUGUUAUCCAAAUUGUACGACUCCGUGCAUUCAAGGUCGGUGUACGGCUCCGGAUGUUUGUGAUUGCCAUCCAGGCUACGAAUUUAAAAAUGGUUCCAAGAACGAAUGCCUGCCAAUCUGCGAUUUUUGUGAAAGUGGCAACUGUACAGGACCGAGUAAAUGCACAUGCUGGGAUAAUUAUGAAGAGCAGGAAAUUGUUCAAGGUACAAAUAUCGUCAAAAUAUGUCAACCGAAAUGUAUGGAUGAAUGCAUCAACGGAUUUUGUAUUGAAGUGGACACAUGCUCCUGUAAGAAAGGGUACGAGUUCAUGAAGGACAGUUUCAACGUAUGCGAACCGGUCUGCGAUCCACCGUGUGAUAACGGCGACUGUAUUGAGCCAGAUGUUUGUUUAUGCGAUCAUGGAUAUCAACUCCUCGAUGGUCAAUGUCAAGCACACUGUGAUAAUGAAUGCAUAAACGGUGUUUGUGUGUAUCCCAAUCAAUGCGAAUGUAAUGAUGGAUAUGUGUUCACAUCUAACUCAGCAAAUGUGUGUGAGGCUUUUUGUCAAAACUGCACAAAUGGAAUUUGUGUGGAGCCGAACAUUUGCGAGUGUUCAAUUGGCUUCAGAAUGACCGAAAGAAAUGUAUGUGAGAAAUUAUGCGCACCGGAAUGCAUUUCUGGGAAAUGUGUAGACGGAAUAUGCAUUUGUGAUAACGGGCUUCAAUUAUACAACGGAAUUUGUGUCGAUAUAACUACAACCGAAUCGCAAGAUAUCUUUGUAACAACCGACAUAUUUGAAACGGAAGCAGAGGUGACGUCAACUACAACUGAAUAUGUUCAAUGUUCGUGCGAAAGUGAAGAGUGUGAGGGAGUAAAUAAUUGCAUACCUGUUUGUGGCAUUAAUAAAGAAGGCUGCAUCAAUGGCACUUGUAUUUCACCGGGGGUGUGUAAAUGUUUCGAUGGCUUUGAACUAUACCCGUCCAGUCCCUAUGAGUGUGUACUUGAGAAAGCAGCGGCAAUUGAAAGUGCUCCAGUCAAGGCAUACAUAACCAAUUAUAUCAGCUUAAUUUUAGUGUUGGUAAUUGUUGCUUUAACGGGUACAACAUUAAUCUUAUGGCUGAACCGUCGGAAUCGGAAGGUGAAUUACAAUGUGGAUGAGAAAGAAAGGAGGGUUGGUGUGAACGGUGACGAUUAUGUACAUUAUAUAAUUAACAAGGACGACAAUGCCUUUGCAUGAGCAAGUUUUACAUGAUGAAGAAAAUUCGGGCAACAAAUCAAAAAAAAAGGUCGAGAUGCAGAUGAGUGUAGCAGUUGUUUGGUCUUUCUAAAUUAAAUGUUUUGUACAAAAGUGGA